CUCUGUCCUAAAGGAGGGGGGAGGGCACUAGUGGCGCUCUCGUGCAAGCGCGCGCGCACCCAGCAGCAGUAUACUUGUGAAAGUGCGCGCGGAGGAUCGAUGCUGUUAUUUGUGAUCGAUCAGCGGCGCGUGUGAUCAGUCUGUGGCCGCACACGGAGCGACGCAGUCCGGCGGAGGAGCAGCGGAGGAGCCGGUGUUCGGAGCUGGAGGAGUUCGGGACAGUCUCUCGGCUCCCGGGUCGUCCCGCCGCCUCUCCCCGCUCCCGGCAGCGCUUGUCCCGGGAAAGACUCCGUUGCUGCACCGCUCUCUUUCUCCGGAGCGCAGGGGAGCCGCACGCCGGCCGCGGCGCACCGCAGAGCGGUCAGGGAUGCCGGCGGGGGGCGCUUCGGGACGCGGUUCUUGGGUUCUGUGAAAUGCAGUUCGGGACCGGUUUGGAUCUUUGUUCUGUCCGUCGAACCUCCUGAGGUCCUCGCUGCUGCUCUGACUGGACUUGUGCGGUGUCGCCGGAGAUGCGGUUGGAUUGUGGGCGGAAAGUUGUGCGCUCCCCGGCGGAGGGCCUCCACAGGUCCGGACCGUGACCCGGGGCGGGUCCGAAGUUCAGCUCUGCCCGGAAAUGUGAAGCGAAGCGGGCAGAAGGAGGGCUCCGUUUCCCCCUCACUCACUCUCUCACACACUUUGUUUUUCGCUCUUCACACACACAGACCAACACACACACCCUGGAGUUACAGUAACACCCCCCCACACACACGUACGCGCACGCGCGCGGUCGCACACACCUUCCGGAGCUCAGAGCCCAGCGGACAGAUAUGUAUUCUCCGCUAUGUCUGACCCAGGAUGAGUUCCAUCCGUUCAUCGAGGCGCUGCUCCCCCACGUCCGGGCCUUCGCCUACACCUGGUUCAACCUGCAGGCGCGCAAGAGGAAGUACUUCAAGAAGCACGAGAAGCGCAUGUCGAAGGAGGAGGAGCGAGCGGUGAAGGAUGAGCUGCUGGGCGAGAAGCCCGAGGUGAAGCAGAAGUGGGCGUCUCGCCUCCUAGCCAAGCUGCGCAAGGACAUCCGGCCCGAGUUCCGGGAGGACUUCGUGCUGACGGUGACGGGCAAGAAGGCGCCGUGCUGCGUGCUGUCCAACCCGGACCAGAAGGGCAAGAUGCGGCGCAUCGACUGCCUGCGACAGGCCGACAAGGUGUGGCGCCUGGACCUGGUGAUGGUCAUCCUGUUCAAGGGAAUCCCGCUGGAGAGCACGGACGGCGAGCGGCUCGUCAAGGCGCCGCAGUGCGCCAACCCCGGCCUCUGCGUCCAGCCGCACCACAUCGGCGUCUCCGUCAAGGAGCUCGACCUCUACCUGGCCUACUUCGUGCACUCAGAAACCAGCCAAUCAGAAAGCCCCAACCAGGCCAGCGAAUCAGAUAUCAAGGAGCAGCCAGAGAACGGUCACCUGGGAUUCCAGGACAGCUUUGUCACACCUGGAGUCUUCACCGUGGCCGAACUUGUCCGAGUCUCCCAGACUCCCAUCGCGGCCGGAACCGGACCCAACUUCUCCCUGGCCGACCUGGACAGCUCCUCCUACUACAGCAUGAGUCCAGGAGCCAUGAGGAGGCCGCUGCCCAGCACCUCCUCCUCCAGCUCUGCCAAGAGGAUAAAGUGCAUGGAGGAGGACGUUGACAGUCCGGGCGAGGAGUCCUACUACCCAGGUCCGGGUCGGUCUCCGGGCAACGGCGGCCAGGCCGGCAGCUGGCACGACGUGGAGCCAGCUGGAUAUAAGCUACGCGGCUCUCUAGCUAGCUCGUUCAUCUCUCGACAAGCCAGCCCCCACGCCCCCCCCUCCGGCCUCCACUUCUCCUCCUCCCCCAUCCUGCAGCAGCCCGCCUCCUACUUCUCCCACCCGGCCAUCCGCUACCACCCGCAGGAGACGCUCAAGGAGUUCGUCCAGCUGGUGUGUCCUGACUCCGCCCAGCAGGCCGGACAGGUGGGCCUCCUCAAUCCCAGCAGCAGCUCCCAGACGAAGGUCCACAACCCGUUCCUGCCGACGCCCAUGCUGCCCCCCCCGCCGCCCCCUCCGAUGGCCCGGCCCGUCCCGCUGCCCGUCGACACCAAGCCCCCCCCCACCUCGUCCACAGAGGGGGGCGGCAACUCCCCUUCUUCCCCCACGUACUCCACCCCCACCACAUCUCCAUCCCAGCGGUUCGUCAGCGUCGGCCCUCGAGACCCCAGCUUCAAUAUCCCUCAGCAGCCACAGUGGUACCUGGGAUAAGGACUCCGGAGGCGCAGACGCCCUCUACGGCCAGCCGCUGCAGCCUGUCCUCCAACACCAGCUGUCCCUGGUCAACCCUGUCACUGGUCCUGCAGAUCCCG